AUGGGCAACAUUAUCGACAACAACCUUUGUUGCGCUCGCUCCGCGAAGGUCAAGGUGGAACUGGACCGAUUCAAGAACCGCCUCGAAGCUUGCAACAAGAAGCUCGAUGCUUUGGUGCAGGAGGAAAUCAAUGACAUUUUUGGACAAGUUGAUGUAGACGGCAGCCAAGCUCUUGACCUCAAAGAGGCCAAGGCUUUGGUAGGCAAGUUGGAGGAAAGCGGCUUCGAAUUCCCUUCAGACGUCAGCACCUUCGAUCAGGAUGGCGACGGCAACAUAAGCAGAACAGAGGUCUCGCUUGCUGUGCGAGCAGCACUGCGCGAGCGUCCCAAGAAUUUGGAGCUUUUGAGCAGCAAGUGUGAAGAUGUGGAUCUCUUGAGCAGAGAUGCAUGGGACUUGAUUGAUGUCACGAAAGAUGGAUACAUUAGCAUCCCAGAGCUGUCCAUGUUCUACGGAGAUCUCGGGAAGGUCAUGGAUGAGAAGCCUCCGACAUAUCAGGAGCUACUCGAGCUUGCUAAGAAGUACGACACGGACAGCGACAGCGUGCUGACGUACGAAGAGUUUGAGCUGUUUUUUGUCGACUACCUCUGCCGGACU